AUGAAAUCUUGCAACGAGAAGAUCGAAACAAUCGACUUCCUCAGUUUGAACCCCUUGGAAAACAGGGUCUAUGUCACCAAUAGCCAUUACUCGAUUCCUGCUUUGUACAACCCGCAGCAUUUUGGACCCGACUUGAACGAGUACCAGGUGGACAAGACAGUGGAAUCAAUGAUGAGUGUGUGUAUUUUGUGCAACGAGUACCCAAUUGUCCGAUACUACAACUCGCCAGUGUCGCGGAAAAUAGCCUUGCUAUUCCAAGAAAGUCUCGACGAAUACUAUCGCAAACACCCUGAGCUGUCUCCGACCAGCUUCAAGACCGUCUUCUUCAUCACCGACAGAGUGAUGGACUUGUUCGCUCCGUUCUGCCACUACAAGUUUUACCGGUCUCAGAUAUUCGAUUUGAUGGAUACUGAAAUCAGAAAAGCUAGAGGCGAGUACACUUAUGUUUAUGACUACAAGAUCCAGACGGGAGACGGCUUGGAGAAAAAGCAUCUUGUGUUCGAUGAUGAGGAUCCGGUUUAUACCAAGCUUGAGGAUUUGCCUAUUGAAGAGUACACCAAGACCAUUAUCGAGGAAAUCAACGAGCUCAAGGCCACCGAGGCCAAGUACUCCAAUCUGAAAUAUGCCUCUGACUUAUCGCAUGCCGCUCUGAACCAAGGAGAUUACUUGUUUGCUAGACAGUUGACAACGGGCCAUUUUGAGCUGAUCAACAAGAUAGACAAGCUGUUCCGUGAAGAGUGUAUCUUAGACCUGAUUGUUUUCGAAAACAAGUGCGCUUCCAACGUCAACGGAACCAAAGAGCAGUAUGAGCCGUUGACGGAAGAGCUUUUGGAGCUGCUUGCUAACCAGAAGAUCGAUCUCGGAAACAAAAUUAGACUUCUGAUAGUGUACGCAUACUAUCGUGGAGGGAUUAUUGAGGAGGAUUUAAGGAAGCUGUGUUUUUUCGGUCUUCCAGAUAAAAGCAAGACCGAGUCGAUUGUUACACUGUUCAAGAACUUCCAGUACCUUGGAUUCUGGCUGUUGAAACCAAAUCUCCAUGAGAAACCGUUCAAGAUCACCUCUUAUUUCGAUGUGAGAAACACCCAGGAGCUGACAGAGAGAUACGUGCCAAGUCUGACCAAUGUUGUCACGCGGCUCGCUUACGGAAAGCUACCGGAGGUGUACAAAGAGGUUUAUUCGAAAGGUAGCCGCGAAGAUGCGCCAAAGGACUUCCCGUACGUGAAAGGUGCGCCUAUUGACGACGACGAGUCGGAUCAAGCCCAGUACACUGCUCCAGUCAGAAACAUGCCUAAAUGGAAGAGCUCGAAGCAGCAGGACGCAAACAAGGACCGGAUCAUGCUGUUUGUUGCUGGAGGACUGACCCAUUCAGAGCUAAGUACUAUAACGUCGUUGGAGCCCAAACUGAACAAGAACAUAUUUAUCGGAACGGACGAGCUAUACUCGACGUGGGACUUGAUUGGAGACCUGCGCCUGAUCAAUGACGACCGCAAGAACUUCAAUUUCCCGCUGGACGAGAAGUUUGCUAAAAAAAAGGUUCCUAGCCAUCUAUACGAGAGAUCUGCAGCUCCGUCUGCUACCAAGCCGCCGGCGCCAGCUUCUACUCCGGGAUCAGCGCAAAGUCGUGUGUCGUCGCAAGCGUCCAGCUCGCAGAAGACCGGAACAACCACCUCGUCGGCAGAACACUCUCGGAAGCGCGACAAGCUGUUCAAGAAAUUCAAAAACUUUAAUAUUUAA